UUUCCCUAAACAGUAUCGACCAAUUUAUUUUAGUGAUGGAGGUUCUGUGUUUUGUUUGAGAAAUAAUAUUGCUGUUGUCGGAAUCGCUGCGAUGGGAACGCUGAAGGGGAUCAGACAAGACAGCAACACCGAGUUGAUGGACCUGUACAGAAACAGCGCGUCCUGGCCACGACUCGAUCACGGUGACCACGUACAGGCCCUCCUCAACAUGACUGAGACGUACUUGCACGCAGCGAGCAACUACCAGGGUGACAGGUGGGUCAAGAAACAAAGAACGAGACGGACUUGCAGCGCUGACCGUUACCGGCCUCAACUUCAACACGCGAGGCGUUACAGCGCAGGCACGGAAUGCAGCCAGCGGGACAACUCGGAGACCGACGACGAAGUAGAUUUGAACGAGCACCUCGCGAGGUGUCGAUGUUCCUGUGAUCACAUGGGGUACACCCCAAGUCCCCGGCACCACACACAGGGAGAAGUAGACGAUCAUAACAGCAGAACCCACUACCCAAUGGAAGCUGAUGGUGCCCCCACCAAGCCAGAAACGACGUUCUAUCCCCAGGUCAGCUCCACACCGAGCUCCACUUCCGCUGCUUCAGGGAUAUUUGGGCUGAUCGGCGCCCCGCGACGCUGGUUGGCGAUUCUAGCGGUGCUUCUGGUAGCAAUGGGAGUGAGUGUCGGAGUUCCGCUGGCACUGCGGUCAGGAAGCGACAGUGGCACGUCACUACAGCAGCGCUUGGAAGCUGCAACAAGACUCCUCCACGAAGUGCCACUAGUGGACGGACAUAACGAUCUGCCGUGGAACAUUCGCAAAUUCUUGCACAACCGACUUCGAGACUUCCGUUUCGGGGAAGAUCUGCGUAAAGUGGUACCUUGGUCCAGAAGCCCAUGGUCACACACAGACCUGCCUAGACUACAGGCGGGAUUGGUUGCGGCACAGUUCUGGGCAGCGUAUGUCCCAUGUGAAUCCCAGUUCCUGGAUGCUGUUCAGUUAACCUUAGAACAGAUCGACGUAAUCCGACGCCUCACAGAGAAAUAUCACCCAACACUAAUUCUAUGCACAUCAGUUGCUGAUAUAAAGGCAGCUCACGCUAAUGGACAGCUGUGCAGUCUAAUUGGUGUUGAGGGUGGACACUCACUGGCCAGUAGCCUCCCUGUGUUGCGGACACUCUACAGUGUGGGCGUACGAUACCUGACACUCACAUCCAAUUGCAACACACCAUGGGCCGACUCUCUGCUUGUAGAUGGCCCUGGCAAGCAACCAGAGCAUAAUGGACUUACCAGCUUUGGAAAGACUGUGGUUAAGGAGAUGAACCGAUUGGGAAUGUUGGUGGACCUGGCUCAUGUAGCAGUGCGUACAAUGCAGGCAGCACUGGAAAUAAGCCGAGCUCCUGUCAUCUUUUCCCAUUCUUCUGCCAGAACUCUGUGUAAUACUACAAGGAAUGUGCCUGAUCAUGUUCUCAGGCUUGUGGGUCUGAAGGGUGGACUGGUGAUGGUCAACUUCUACUCCCAGUUCCUGACCUGUCAGAAUACAGCCACUACAGAUGAUGCUGUUGCGCAUAUUAACCAUGUGAGGCGAAUAGCUGGAGUGGAUAACGUGGGGCUUGGUGCUGGUUAUGAUGGAAUUAAUUUCACCCCAGAAGGACUGGAGGAUGUGUCAACUUACCCCAUGCUUUUUACUACUCUAAUUGGAACAGGGCAGUGGAGUAUAGAAGACCUAAAAAAACUUGCAGGCCUUAAUUUCCUCAGAGUAAUGCAAGAGGCUGAGAAGGUACGAGACGCAAUGCGAGCAGCAGGAGUGGGCCCAUAUGAGGAUGAUGAUAUAAAUGCACCUCAAAGACAAAAGAACUGUUCUUCAACAAACCUCUUUUGAGAAUUAAACUAUAUUCAUUUAACAGAACAAGAUCAAGAUCAGAUAUGAGUCAUACCAUGAAGUCCUAAUUUGGUAAUGAGUAAAGGCAGACUCAGACAAGGUUCUCUCAUCCAACCACAGUUGUCGCAGAAACAUAAUUCUCAUAGUAUUAUAACCCGAAAGACAGCCAUCUUCAAACAGUUCCUUGUUGAAUUUAAAAUGGCAAUUAAAUUAUCAGGGAACAGUGACAUCAAAUGGCGCUGCAAAAGGAUCAACUAUUAAGAUGAAUGAUAAUUAUGUUACAAGUUCAUUUUCACACUUCUACAAGUUAUUUUAGUUUAAAUUACAGAACCACUGUAACCAUGUGAAACAUUGAACAAGUAAAACCUAUCUAAAAUGCUACAUGGAAUUAGAGGCCUGGGUUUAUAAAAUCCUUCUCUGGUCCAAAGAAUAAAGUGUGAACGCUAUUGUAAAAUUACCCGUAAUAAACCGACACUGUGUUAUGUGAAGGCGGAAAAGAGUCUGAUAGAUUAUUUACUGCUUUCUGCUGAUAUGAUUUUCUUUUGGUCUAUGCUGCCUGGAAUUUAUUCCAGAAGGAACAUUUCUAUCAUGAGUGGGAAACAAUUCAGCUUAAUGAUGAACAAAAUAUGAUCAGAAUACUUUAAUGGACUACAAUUAGCCAUCAGAAAGAAAUAAAACUGAAAUCCAGAUUACCUUGAAAUAGUGUAGUGUUCAUGUGUUGCAAGAAUUUUUGGACUGUGAUGGCAACAUGAAGUCUAUAUGGAGACUGUUCUGUGCAACACUGUUUUUCAACAAUAAGUACCUAAAUUAUGUACAAAAUUAUUAGGAUAAUUUUUAAUUGCAACUAUUUCCAUGAUGAUGUGUCAUGGUAAUAAUAUUCACUCAAUAAUCACUUCUGUAACAGAUGUUAAAAAAACAUCAGGUGUUGGGACCUACAUCAUAGGCUAAGUACUGGCUACCACAUGGUCAAGAACUUGAAAACACUUUACUCCAAUACACAUUUUAUGGACAGCUUGAAACAAAAAGGCAGUGGCAAUAGAUUAUAUACAUCAAACAUUAUGAACGCUAAUGUAAAAUAAUUAUAAACUUCUGCAGCUUACUUAAUUUCUUGCAUUACAAUUCAUUAAUAUGGAAACAAAACAAGUUCUGCACUGUGGACAAAUAGUGAGAGGCAAGUCCUCCAGGUUUGCGGUUGGUCGCAAGGGUAACAACCUUGCACCGUAAAAAUGAAGAUGUUUCGAAACCUCAAUCAUAGCCUUGGACAGACGGACCUAACAGAGAACCGAAUGGAAGAGGAGAAUUGAAGAGGCCAUGGACCGAAUACGGACCGAACAGCCAUAGAAAAAAAAGUGUAACUAAGACUUACUCAACAGUAAAUUGAGCUUUUACACUGUUUGCAGUUUAUUUAUUGUUGACACAAUGCUUUUCUAUUUGUUAAGUACUACUUUGACAAAAGAAGUCUGUUUUUAAUAAAUAUCACCUUAGAUUUAUUUUCUUAUUAGAUCUUUACUGCAGCUUAAGUUUAUAUGCACUGGAGAGCAAAUGAGAACAAUAAAAUGUUCACUACCAACACA